CACCCUGAAAAUGGCUAAGACCUUGGCUUUAAAUUACUCCAGUUACUUUACAGAAGUCUUUCUGUGGAUAAAUAAACUGGCCGAUGUGUAGAGAAGUUGUAAAGCAUUAUGAAGAGCAGGGCUGGCAAACAAGGCUGGCACUGAAGGAAAGAAUAAAAUUGCUUUAUGUUGGUUCCUGUAGAAAGCCAGACAGGUCUGGUGCCUCUUCUGACUGAGGGGCUGGGUUGUGGUCUCCUCCCUACCCACCCAUUCCAGUCCCCUGCUUCCUCCCACCUGCAUGGUAAGAGGGGAAAAUGCUUCUAAAUACAGAGCCCAUGGACUUUAGAACUUCUGUACAAGAAGGCCAAAUGCUUCUCUUCCCCCAAGCCACAAAUGAGGGAUCUGUUUCCACAAGGAACUGUGACAUUCUAACACUAAUGAAGAGGGGAAGCAUUGCCUGUGACUUGCAGGUGAAGAUGUCCAGUGUUUUCUCUUUCCUGUUAAAAAACUGUUGUAUGAUUAACCAGACUAAUGCAAACUGCAAUAAAUUCUGAUAAGGAGUAGUUGGAGAUGCUGUAACAUUAUCAAGUUGUAAGGAACCCUGUUAGAUUUGUAAAUAUCUCUUCAUAGCAACUGCUAAUGCCCUGAGAUGGGAACUGCUGCAGAGGAGACUCUGUGAAUUGCUGUGCCAGUGCUGUGCAGAAUUAGAAUCUGACUACACUUUGCUGCCCACAUCAGCUGAACACAUAAAAAGGAAGCAGCUCCAUUGCUCCAAACGACCAUGGAAUGAAGGACCCACCUCGUGCUCUGACUUUCCCUGGGCACUGCCCUCGAGUGUUUCACACUGGCACAGCUCCUCUCUGCUAGAUGCUCUGACCUUGGAGAUCUCCUGCCCAAAUAACCCUGCUGGGCACAGCUGGGACCAGCCUUGCAGGCAGAGCCUUGGCAGCUGCACCUUGGAGAGGUGUGAUGUGGGACACGUGUCCAGCUCAGAUGUGACAUCAGGAGAAUGCAGGUGGAAAAUAUGCUCUGCUGAUGACUACACUGAUGCAGACCUUCCUGUUUCCAUUACAAUGAUGGACUCUUCACUUGCCGAGGUUGACUGUGGGGAGCCAACACCAGCAGCCACUCUGAUCCCAUCCAGGUCAGGUCUUGUGCAAGGUUUAAAAUCCUUUAUCAAGAAUCUGUAUCUUGUGGAUGAGUAUCUGAAAGGGUUUUGUUUUGGCAGUGAUCACUUAACAUCAGCCCCAGAAGCUCUUGCAUCCUCAGUGGAAAGCACAGCACCGGUACCGGGCUGCCUUGUUAUGGAGGAGGGAUCAUCCAAGGGCUUUCCUGAGAGAGGGGAAGAUGUGCCAACUUCUGAGGCAACAAACAGCGAUAAGGAGGCAGCUGCUCCCGUGUCAGGACCAAGUCAGAUCAAGAAUGAAUCCUGCCUGAUGAUGGAAGAACACAAGCCUGUGUUUCAGAAUGUUUUGAAGCAAGACCUGGAGGUGGAGCAGGAAAAGAAAAAUAAUAAAGAGCAGAGUGAGGAAGCACCAGCUGUGGUUCCCAGCAGGAAAGGGAGUUCACCCACUGCAGGUGGCAUUAAAGGAGAUAAAACCAAGCAAAAUGAGCCUGACUCCCCAAAUGAGAAGGAAGUGGAGGCUGAAUUUCUGAGGCUAUCUUUAGGUUUUAAGUGUGACUUGUUUACCUUGGACAAAAGAGUGAAGCUUGAAGAGAGGUCCCGAGACCUGGCUGAAGAAAACUUGAAAAAGGAGAUCACAAAUGCUGUGAAGAUGUUAGAGGCACUAGCUCCUUUGUGUGAAGAAGAUAACCAAGCACAGGAGAUCAUUAAGAAGCUGCAGAAAAGCCUGCAGUUCCUCAGCCAAUAUGCAGCUCGAGUUGCCAGCAGAGCAGAGAUGUUGGGAGCUAUUAAUCAGGAGAGCCGGGUGAGCAAGGCUGUGGAGGUGAUGAUCCAGCACGUGGAGAAUCUGAAGCGCAUGUACGCCAAAGAGCACGCCGAGCUCGAGGAGCUCAAGCAGGUCCUGCUCCAGAACGAGAGGUCCUUCAGCUCCCUGGGAGACAGAGAUGAAUCUAUGAAUAAGAAGCUCCCAAGUCCUUUUAACUUUAAGCCCUCGGCAGCCCUGAGGAGAGUGAGCAUUGCCACAGUGCCCAGGAGUGCUGGGAAUGCAGGGAUCGGGGUGCCACUGGCCCAGUUCCAUGAACCUGAUGGGGAUGAACGGAGUGACAGAUUCAGCAGGAGAUCAAGCAGUUGGGGCAGGCUAGGGGUGAAGCAGAACGAGAAGCGUCCUUCACUGCAGAGGUUCCUCAGCACCUAUUCCUGGGCAGAGUAUGAAGAGGAGCAUUUUGAAACCAAAAAUGAGCAGUUGGAGUCACCUGCUGAAGUACAGGAACAACCAACAAGGAAGGAAAGUGUCUCUGAAAAAGGAAAAUGCACAUCCAAAUGGACCCUGGAGUCAAUGUACAAUUUGAUGUCAGCGUGGGCAUCCCACUUCAAGGCUUCCUUCUGCAACGCUAACAAAACCCUCUGGGUGUCCGUGUCCAUCCUGGUGCUGCUGGCUGCUCUCACGAGCUUCCUGACGGGGCUGUCCCUGCAGAGGCCAGCAGAUGCAGCCCCUGUGGGCACUGGGGACUCCUGGACAUCACUGCAGCAGCUGCUGUGGCCCUACACAGGACUGCAACACCACGGCCCUCCCCCGGUAUAACCCCGGCCCCGCCGCCCGAGCGCCACUGCCACGGCUGCAGGACAGGAGCUG